GAGCCGCCAUGCCCCUCUAUCGAAUGCUAUGUAUCACUGCGCACUAUCCUGAGUUUCAACACAUCAGGGACCUCGUCCGGUCGAGUGCAGUGCAGGUCAUGAGCCAAGGAGGUGUCGUCCGUAACAUUGCCUCCUGGGGGACUCAGGUACUACCACAACGAAUGCGGAGGCAUAAGCAGAUAUACAACAUUGGAGAUUAUUGGACCAUGACAUUUGACGCAUCACCUCGAUCGUUGCACCAACUAAACGCUUCAUUGCGGCGAGACCCACGCGUAAUUCGGUGGACGAUGCUGAAGCAAGGAGAGAAGGUUGAAGACGUCGUCGAUACUAGGGAAAAGACCGUCAGAGACCGAUGAUGCAGUCAUUUUCUCGCGCUUUCUAUGGAAGCGACUCGGCCUUUUACAUAUAUGUAUCUCUACUUAUCAUCU